UGACUUGUACUAGGCUUGGAGAGUUGGAGUCUUACAUAUAUAAUCAUGCAUAUGUUACGCUUGGUUUCAGUUUCCAAUAUAUAGUGACCGACUCCAUUGAAGCACCUUCAUGUUGGGAGCUAGAGCACACCCAGAACCAUUUGCUACAGACAUCUAGAGGCGGGCGUUGCAUUGCUCAUUGGCGAGCGCACUAGGCACGAUCAUAUCAGUCCUCGAUCGAUCAGUUAAUCCAUGGAGCUUGAUGGUUACUGCUUCGCGUUGAGGUCAGAGCUUGAUAUCAGGGGCAUAAAUGCAACAUUGGCCUUAUGGUCUAACCGCACAAGGGAUUUUUGGAAGAGUCCUAGGGUAACAUUUAUCCGGAUUGAAGGGCUUGUAGUAGCGGCUGCUAUCAUGGUGUUAUUCCUGGCCAUCUUUGGGUCCUGGCGUCGGAAAAGAAGAUCCUUAUUUAUCCAAAAAGGAGUCUUGGGCGCAUACAUCUUGUCGUCCUCCUUGGUAACAUACCUACUUGGUUCGAUGCAGUCUUCCGUGGUGAAGAGCAGCAUGUACCCGAUUUGGGCGGUAUCCCUCUACACUCUCAUCGGUUGUGCCGACUCCAUCACUGCUUACAGUCUAGACGACAACAAAGAACUCUCCAGACAGCUCUAUCAGUUUGGGCUGAAUACUGCAUAUGUGUUGUUCCUUAUUUUCACUGUAUCAUCGAAUAAUGGUUACAUCCCAGUUGCAUUGCUGGGUCUGAUAGCUGAGAUCAAGUUUUCUCAUAGAUUGUCUGCAUCUCAAGUGGCGAGCGUCUCUUGGAACUUGAACAAAAUGGUUGCAGACUACAUGUAUCAGGAGCACUCCAAGAGUGAACCAGCUUAUGAUCCAGCCAGCAUGAAAGGCUACCAUUACCUAGUUGACUGGCCCCUGAGGAGUGACUCGGAGCUUGAAGCUGGCAUCUUGUGUGCAUCAGACUUAAAAGCGGAUGCUCAAGUCAUUCACAUAGAGAAGGUAUGGCAGUGCAAGCACAGGUCACUAAGCGAAGAGCUGAAGUACACAUGCCUUUCCUUCUCUCUUUUCCAUCUGUUGCGAAGGCGCUUCUUUGGGUUUGAGUGCAGUGAAUCUUCUUUUCAACCCAAGACGCAUGAUUUCGUCUUCAAGGGGCUUCUAUUAUUGAAGAAUGAGGAUGGCGUCAUCAGCUACAACCAGGCCUUCAAGGUUAUUGAAGUUGAGCUAGCUUUUAUGUAUGAUUUCUUCUUCACCAAGUAUGCUGCGGUUUAUUAUGGAUCAUGGCAUAGAACAUUCAUGCCCGUGGCGUCAGCCUGCUUAGUACCUGUAAUAGCCUAUCUGACAGUCAGUCGUGUGCUAAAGAUUCCCUCUGGCAUGGAGAGGGGCACUGUCCUGGACACCACAAGAGCCGAUGUUGUUAUCACCGUAGCAAUACUUGUGUGCAUUGCUUUGCUUGAAGUGCUACAGGUGCUGUAUUACUGGACAACCAUUUGGGGAAGAGUAUCUUUGGCUUGCCAGUAUGUCAGGGAACAGGCACAGAACAAACAGAGAGGUUGUUGCAUGAGAUUUAAAGAGAUCCUCGCUAAAAUUGGUGCCUCCAUGUCAAACGAACGCUAUUUUGAAGGAAAGCUUGGGCAGUACUCGUUACUGGAGGAAUCAGUGAGCUGGUAUCAUAAUCUCUCCAAGCAUUACUUCGUGAAUACUAUUGUAGAAAAAGUUAUGGCUAGUACAGACCCCAUGAUCUAUCAUCCAUAUAAUUAUCAUCCAUGGAGAGAGGUGAGGAAACAUAUCAGGGUGCCUGAGGAAGUAAAGGAAGCAGUUGUGCAGUCCCUUGAACGCACUGAUGGUAAACUAACCAAUGGAGCAUCAUCCUUGGAGCACAACAGAGCAUCUCACCUCUCAUGGGCUUGCAGGGACUCAGAAUCGAUCGUGAGCUGCCCCCAGAAAAAGGAGAAUCAGGCUUGCUGCAUUUUGACUUGGCACAUUGCGACAUGUUACUCUGAGAUGGCAACACUGAAGCAUUUUCCCGCAAGUGUAGGGGGGGAACUCAAGGUCCAUUUUGACGUCGCCACGACGUUGUCCAAAUACUGCGCCUACCUGGUGGUCUCACAACCCAAGCUUCUCCCGGGGCACCACUAUGAUACAAGGCGUGUGUUUGAAGCAGUUGCCAAGGAAGCACUUGGCUUCCUUGGGGACAACAAAGACAAGUACGAGGCCAUGAGGAGUCUUGUGGUGGAAGGAGAGACGCCAGAACCAAAAGAAACUAUCUUCCACAAGGGCGUCAGGCUGGGGAAGCGGCUGGGGACGAUGGAGGAGGGCGCCCGCUGGAAGGUGCUGGCGGAUUUCUGGGCGGAGAUGCUGCUCUACGUCGCGCCAUUGGAUAACGUGAAGGAGCAUUUCGAGUGCCUCACACGGGGCGGCGAGUUCGUCACCUAUCUGUGGGCUCUGGUCUCUCAUGCCGGCAUCCUAAAGCGGGAGGACCAUCUGGUUGGAGUUGGAGGGGUGUGAUUGUAAUCCACGGCGGCGACCUUCUCUGCUGGAGCUGGAGCCUGGACCUGCUAGCUACAGCAGGGCACAGGCACAGGCACUCUCCACUACUGUAUUCUUGUUCUUGUGUGUGCUUGCAUUUGCUUGCGGCGAUGCUACUACUAGAGUAACAUAUAUAAUUAAUAGUCCUGUACUGUUGUGGGUGUGCCCGUGGCUUGGUUAGGUUGUGGCAUGUUUUGUUUGUAAGUCUGAACCAGAACCCUUGGUCGUGUGUUUUUGUCUCAGCAUCCAUGCAGUUUCUCUUA